AUGUAUCCUUACGGACCUUUCCAGCCUCAUCAAUCUGCUCCCCAGCCCGGCCCUACGCACGUCUACUACACCCGCGGUCCAAGAUUUAUGUGUCGCGGUCCAAGCCGUCUCAUUUGGUUCGGUAUCGGUGGUAUCACGACCUAUUGGUUUAUUCAGUCAAGAGAAAGAAAGCGCGAGAUGCUCAUGAGCCAAGCCGACGAUACACAACGUGCUGGACAUUGCCAUAGUGCCUGGGGAUGGGGACGCUGGGGAGACCAUCGGCGUGAGAUGAACGAGGCGCAGCAAAAGAUGGAAGACCAUCGUCGCAAAGUCCAGGAGCAGUUCGCGGACUUCGGAAACCUCAGCAGUGACAAGCUCGCUGAUAUGGCCGAGUCGAGUCUUGACUCUGUUAUGAGCUCUGUGGUGGCGUUGAGGGCUAAAAUAGCUGAGCAGCGAGCAGCAUCGCAAGCUGCUCGAGUUUCAGCACCAAAGGAGGAUCCUCGCCUUGUCUAA